AGGUUUGAAAUGAUUAAUGUGGUAGAGUAUGUAUCUGGUGGGAUUCACAAAAAGUUGCGUUCAUAACAAAAUAGUGGUAAUCACGUUAAAAUGUAUGCGUGCCGUUUUUGUAGAUGUAGUUGUGAAACUGUGAGUUCGAUUGGGUAAUGCUGAAUAGGCGUGCAAUUUUGUGUGAGGAAAAACUCGCGCUGUGUGUAUGUGUGUGUGUGUGUGUGUGUGUGUGUGUGUGUGUGUGUGUGUGUGUGUGUGUGUGUGUGUGUGUGUGUGUGUGUGUGUGUGUGUGUGUGUGUGUGUGUGUGUGUGUGUGUGUGUGUGUGUGUGUGUGUGUGUGUGUUUUUUUAUUCUAGGAGUCCAAAAAUCUUCUAAAGACGCUGUGUGAGAUUCGAAUGUGCGCCUACCCACUAAAAUCACUCUCCUAGUUCACCUCCACCUUAAAUUCCCCUCCGGUACCACCAUGCAGUAUUUCUUCGGAGGGGAGACGUUAUGUGCCUUGUGCACCAUCACCAAUUCGUUAUUCUAGUUUUCGUACUGAGCCGUUUGGCUGCCGUGUAAUUUGUUAUUCUAUUUUGAUUAAACAGUCGCCAUUUAGCGACCUUCUACUGUGUUAGCCACAUUUACCAUGCCACAUGCCGGGCCAUUUAGCUCCAGUUAGUAAUGUGUUAGUACUAAUUUGUUCGCCAUUUAGCGAUUGAUUACGGUUACUAACACUCCUCAUGCAGUUCUCUACUCCGCUAUACACAUUUCUGAUAAAACAGGUCUUCUGGAAGCGACCAUGUAGCCUUUAGCACUCUCGCGUACUACUCGGGUAGUCCCCGGCGGUGAAUCUAUCCUACUCCGACAAAGAGUUCCCCGACAGUGGAAGAUCUUCCGAAACCGAACUUCCCGGGUAGGUGCCGAGGUCGGUUCUGCGAUUCCGGUUGAGGUCGGCUUCCGGUUCACAGGCGCCUCGACGACCAAGCUCCGGUGCUUUUUACGCGGAACUACUCGGUCUAGUCCCCGGCGGUGGACCUAGCCUACUCCGACGGAGACAACCCCGGCAGUGGAAGUUCUCCCGACACCGAAAAUCCCGACCAGUGAAGUGCCGAGGUCGGUCUGGCGAUUCCGAUUGGUGGUUGGCUUCCGGUUCACCAGUGCCACGACGACUCAAAACCGGUACUACGGCACGAACUACUCGGUCAUGUCCCCGACGAUGGAUCAUGCCUACUCCGUUCGCGAUCAGCCAUCCUUUGAUCCUCCCGCCAUUUUCGCUGCAACGACGACAUGAUCUGCACAACUGACCUAUUCACCGCGCUCCACGUAACUUCGUUCUGGCACAUCUCCGUAAUGUUGUUGUUCGCGUUCAGAUUCCCAACACUGCUCGCUUGCAUCUCGCUACGUUCCGCCAUGAACCGUGGGCAGUAGAAUACCACGUGCUCCGGUGUCUCCUCCUCGUUCGGACAGGCCGGGCAAAGUGGGUGUGAAUUGUUCUAACAGUGCGCGCCCAUUGUGUUUGUGCCUCUGUAGCAGCCCUGCCUUCAUUGCUUUGACGGCCUGACUUAGGAGUGACAGAGCAACCGCCUGUCACCAUCGUGAGUAGAUGAUAAGCCAAAAAACAACACAUUGCGUAGAUAAUAUCUAGUGAAAUACUACUAUCUAAAGUUAGUCUAUAAAGUUAAUUUGUUAAAUCCUACUUUGAUCCUAAACUAUAUUUGAUUCUAAGGACAAGUGAAAUCAGGUAUAUGAACUAUUUUAUGUAUACAUGCCUUAAUCUAAUGGAUAUUUCCUAAAUUAGUGCCUAAUACUACAGUGCAAGUACCCUUCGGUUCGCAGAGUGCAUAACCUAUGAUUCCUAAAGCUAAACCGAAACGCUACUAGGAAUAUAUACACCACCCAAGACCCUCCGGAUUACACUAGGGGAACUAAACAUAAGUUAAAUUUACUUAUAUGAAAUGCGCUAUGCGAAUUAUGUUACAAACAGAAACUUAUAUCUACAUUAUGCUACAAAGUUAUAUGUUUAAUUACCACUCAUUCCUGAAUUGUAAACUUAAAAUUACACCCUCCUUCCUCUCAUCCUCAUUAUUAUGCAGGAAUUUAUUAAUCUUCCGAAUAAAGAGCCGUGGAUUGUUCAUUGCUCCGAAGAUUAAUUUAACGGAAAGAGACCCCCUUUCAGUCUGGGUGACUAAUUGUUGAAACGAACUUCGACAAAUUAAUAAAUUCGUUUAAACGAACGAUGUCUGGUCGUAAAAGUGGGAAAGAUGGCAAAAGCGGUUCGAAAGGCGCACGGUCGAAAGAAAAGCAGUCAGAAGUGGUCGAUAUCAGUGGUGGUGGUAAUAUAGUGGUGGUGGUCACGGACGAAGAAAAGGAUCUGGCAGGAGUUCAAAAGGAUGACCAAGUCGCAGAACAGAGCUGUACGUUCUGCCAGGAGGAAGACAACGACAAUAUGGUGCAGUGCGACAAGUGCGAUAGAUGGAUCCAUUUUGCGUGUGUCGGCGUCACAGAAGAAAUCGCAGAUAGGAGCUGGAGUUGUCCCAAAUGCGUUGCUGCAACCGGGGUCCAGCAGCCUUCUUCUUCUACUACAAAUCGCCCUCCAGCUGGAUCGUCAACUUGCGCUGAACAACAGAAGUCAGUCACUUCCAAGCAGUUCAUCUCCAAACGUACACCUGGGCCUGGAACCAGCGGACAUGAACGUGGCAACACGGUAUCGGAGCCGGCGAGAAAACUGGUUCCUAGCAACGGGGUCGCUCAUCGCGGUAAAUCCACCGCUUCGCAGGCAUCUUCGUCAUCCGCAAAUCCAUCCUACACUUCCAGCUACAGCGGCUCGAGGAAGAGCGGGAAUAUGAAAAGGUACAAGCAGAGCAGCAUCGUGCCUAUCUGGACAGGAAGUACGAAUUAUUGGAGCAGAUGCACAGUCGAACCGGAUCUGAGUGCAGUGAAUCCGAAGAUCGUGUUAGACAGUGGGUUCAAGAUACCAACAAUAUCCGCGUAGAAGAUGCAUUGGAUCCUCAGAGCGCGGAAGUCUUUGAUCCGCAGAGGCAUUCGACACAGAACUACUCUGGUAGGGCUCAAGUUGGUUCUUCUCCAUUGGUGGACCGGUCCUGUAGAAACCAGAACCGAAUUGAAGAAGUACAUGAGCGAUGCGAUCGUCGUCGGGAACCUCCCGUCCAACCUUCGUCGAUUGGCAGGAGUUUUGUGGAACCAUAUGGACAACGAAGUCAGCAGCAAAGAAGGGCUUUUCGAGAAGCAGAUUUCCAAUCUGGGAACCAUGAAGAAGAUUUCGAGCCCUGUUCGUUUUCCCGUCAGCAAUUGGCAGCUCGUCAAGGGAUUUCUAAAGAUUUACCCAAGUUUUCCGGAGAGUUCGAGGAAUGGCCGGUGUUCAUGUCAAUGUUCAACAGCACUACGAACAUGUGCGGCUUUACGAAUGAGGAGAACCUUAUCCGGCUCCAGAAGUCUUUGGAAGGGAAGGCGUAUGAAACGGCGCGGAGCCUACUAAUGCAUCCGUCGAACGUUCCGGCGAUUAUGCGUACUCUAAAAAUGAGAUUCGGUCAACCUGAAGCUGUUGUUCACUCCCUGAUUCAGAAGGUGAAGGCCCUUCCAGCGAUUCGGGAGGAACGUCUGGAGACGUUAGUGGAGUUCGCAGUUAACGUUCAAAAUUUUUGCGCCACGGUAGACGCGUACGAACUUGAGGACUAUAUGUAUAAUGUGUCUCUGCUACACCAGCUGGUAAACAAGCUCCCGGCCACGUUGAAACUAGAUUGGGCCAGGCAUCGACAAAACCUCCAGCGGGUCAACUUGGCGACCUUUGGGAAUUGGGUAUAUUCGUUGGCCGAAGCAGCUAGCACCGUCGUUAUUCCGGUCGAUUCAGAGGAGUCGAAGCCAACGCGAAACGAAGGACGAGGAAACAAGAAGCCGAACGCAUAUGUAAACGCACACUCUGAGACUGUAUCAGAAUCCAGUCAUCAUCUAAAAACCGUAGACUCCGAUGGAGACCAGGGAGAACACAGUCGGGCACUAGACUCAAAACCACCGGCUCUCGUUUCAGUGGGGUGUGUGGUGUGCAAAGGAGGAUGCCAAAACGCCUCCAAGUGCAAGCAGUUUCUGGAGCUGUCCCGCGAAUGCAGGUGGGCAAUUGUAAGAGAAUUUAAACUCUGCCGAAAUUGUCUACGUCGGCAUAAAGGAGGAUGCGACGCAAAACCGUGCGGGCGAAAUGGAUGCACAUACAAACACCACGAGAUGCUCCAUAGGGAUCAGAACAUCCAACAACUCUCUGGCCAAACCACACAAGAGUCAUCUACGUCUCGAGCACAGGUAUCCAUGCAACCAGAAUCUGCGGCACAAAUACCAACGCACGACUGCAAUACGCAUCAAGCGAGGUCAAAUGCAGUCCUAUUCCGCUACCUACCCGUGAUACUCAGCGGACCUCAAGGCUCCAUCCACACAUACGCGUUCUUGGAUGAGGGAUCGCAUCUAAGUUUGAUAGAUCAAGAACUGGCGGACCAGCUCAAAUUAAAAGGUGCAACGAUGCCGCUGUGCCUUCGCUGGACAGGAGGAACACAGCGAUGCGAAAAUGAUUCGCAAUCGGUUACCUUGGAGAUUUCAGGAACGAGCAAGGCAGCCAAGAAAUUUCAACUAGCCGGAGUGAGAACAGUCGAACACCUGUUGCUUCCAUAUCAGACACUAAAUGUGGAAGACAUGGGUCAUCAAUACCCACAUCUUAACGGACUUCCCAUUGAUUCCUAUUACGACGUCCGACCAAGAAUCCUGAUCGGAAUGAAGCACGUGCAAUUCAGCCUUGUUUUGAAGAGCCGAGAAGGAAACAUUGGGGAACCAGUGGCUGUUAAGACACGGUUAGGCUGGACAGUAUGCGGUGGAGAAAACGAGGAAAGCGACGACGUAGGGAACCUAGUCCACUAUACUUUUCACGUGUGUUCGUGUGAGCAGACAAAAGAUGACGAACUGCAUCAGACGGUGAAGAAGCACUUUGCCCUAGAAAGCCUCGGUAUCACAAAACCGGACAAACUUCUCAUCUCCACCGAAGAUCAAUGGGCUCAAGAUUUGUUGAAGCAACUGACUUUCUACGAUGGGGAACGAUACACGACUGGACUGCUGUGGCGUCACAACAACGUCCGUCUACCAGACAACUACAGUAUGGCUUUGCGAAGACACCAGUGUUUGGAAAGGCGCCUUGCCAAGGAUCCAGGACUAGCAGAGAUACUGCAUGGAAUGAUUACGCCAAAGGAUAUGCCCGAAUGCUUUCGGAAGACGAACUAAAUCGACAG